CAAGUUCCCUCAAUACCAUGGGAAUUGAGAGAAGUUCCCAGUGCCCUAUGGAGUCAAUCUAGUAAAGAUGUGGGACUUCUGAAAUCUGCAACCCCCGUAAAAAUUAAGACUAAAGGUGGUAUACCCCCAGCAGUUAAGCAGUAUCCUAUCGUAGCAGAAGCUAUUCCUAGUAUCACUAAACAAAUACAGAAUUUUUUGGAUAAGGGCAUUUUAAGACCUACUGUUAGUCCUUUUAAUACUCCCAUUUUACCUGUAAAUAAAAAUCGAAAGGAUGAGGAUGGAAAUCCUGAGUAUCGGUUUGUUCAGGAUUUACGAGCUGUAAAUGAAUAUGUAGAACCCCCACAUCCAGUAGUUCCCGAUCCUUCUACUAUCCUUACAAAAAUACCAAUUUGGGCGAAAUACUAUACUGUUUUGGAUUUGACCGGAGCUUUCUUUACAAUACCAAUUGACCCUGACAGCCAGAAUUUAUUUGCCUUUACAUGGGAAGGUCGCCAGUAUACCUGGACCAGACUUCCUCAAGGAUUUACUGCUUCACCAACUUUGUUCUCUCAAAUAUUAAAGAGAGACUUACAAGAUCUGGAACUACCGGCUGGGUCAGAAUUGAUACAAUAUGUGGAUGAUUUGUUAAUUGCAAGUAAAGAUUAUGACAGUUGUGUAAAAGAUACUAAAUAUGUAUGUCUUAGAUUAUAUGAGAAAGGACAUAAAGCAUCUCUCUCCAAAUUGCAGUUUUGUGAGCCUGAGGUAAAAUAUUUAGGGUUUAUACUAGCCGAAGGUACUAGGAAAUUAGAUCCAGAUAGGGUACAGGCAAUUCAGGAAAUCGCUAGACCUUUGACUAAGAAACAAAUGAGAGCCUUUCUUGGACAAGCUGGAUAUUGUAGACCGUGGAUACUGGGUUUUUCAGAGAUUGCAAAACCUUUGGUAGAGACUACUAAAGAUGUGAGCCCAGAACCCAUACCAUGGACGGAAGAAUUGGAAACAGCUUUUAUGUCCAUGAAGACUGCCUUGGUAAAUGCUCCAGCUCUUGGGUUACCAGAUUACAAAAAACCUUUUAAAUUAUAUGUAACAGAGAACAGAGGAAUUGCAAAGGGAGUAUUAAUUCAGAAGCAUGGACCCUACGAACGUCCUGUAGCAUACUAUUCUGUCACCUUGGACCCAGUUAUCAGAGGAUCUCCAUACUGUCUGCGAUCUAUUGCCGCAGCUGCUGAGCUGGUGGAAAAGGCAAGGAAUAUUGUGCUAGGCCAUUAUCUCAUAGUUGCUGUUCCCCAUGAGGUUGAACUUUUACUAACUAAAUAUGCAGAAAAAGCGCUUUCUGCACAAAGGACACACAGAUAUGAAAUUAUCCUUUUGCUAACAGAGAAUGUCAAACUUGAGAGAUCAAAGACUCUUAACCCUGCUACCUUACUCCCAGUGACUGAACCUGAAAGAUCACACGACUGUGUAGCUGUCUUGAAAACCAUAAGCAAGACUAGAGAAGAUUUGAGGGACACUCCGGUGGAACACCCUGAUUUGAAUCUCUUUACUGACGGAUCUUCCUUUUAUCUUCACGAAUGGAAGAAGAUGCAAGCUGUGCAAGAUAAAGGGAUCUGGACCCUGAAUGGUAAACCUCUAUUGCCCAGAAGGUAUGUACUGCCGCUUGCGCGUUGGUACCAUGAGAAGGGGCAUGGAGGUCCCGAAGCAGUAGCCUCAAAGGUAACGCAGCUAUGGGCAGCACCAGGAAUCUUUUCAGCAGCUAAGAAACUGACUGAAGGAUGCUCUUUGUGUAAGAGAUAUGGAGAUAUAAGGCCAAAAGUAACGCCAGGGAAGAGGCCGCCAGCAGUCUAUCCUUUUCAGAAACUUCAGAUUGACUUUGCGGAAAUGCCAGCCGCUCUCGGAUAUAAAUACUUGCUGGUAAUAGUAGAUCAACUCUCUGGGUGGGUAGAAGCUUUCCCGACCCGGAAGAAUGAUUCAAAAAUAGUUGUAAAAAUCUUGCUUAAGGAAAUCAUUCCUCGAUAUGGCGUACCUGAGGUGAUAGACUCUGACCGUGGACCGCAUUUUACAGCAUCUAUUUUAUUACAAGUUUAUGUAACCCUAGACAUCAAAGGACAGUUUCAUACUCCGUAUCACCCCCUUCAUCAGGGCAAGUAG